AGAAAUGCCUGCUGAAACUGAAUCAGAUACUCCAAUGGAAACAAAUACCGCAAACGAAGCGCAAGAAGAUAUUGUCGUUGUGUCAUCCUCCGACGCCGAAAUCACAGUCGUGUCUGAACCGUCAAAAAGUGAAACAACAACAACCGCUUCUAUCGCACCCAAAAAUAAAUUGGCCAAAGUCACAGAUUUGAACCUGUUGCCGUGGGUGGAGAAGUAUAGACCAGCAGUGUUGGGCGAUUUGAUUUCACACCAGGAUAUUACGAGUACUAUUCAGAAGUUCAUUGACAUGGAUCAGUUGCCACAUCUGCUGUUUUACGGACCACCUGGUACUGGUAAAACAUCUACAAUUCUGGCUCUUGUGAAGCAACUAUAUCCAAGAGACUACCAGUCUCAAGUGCUGGAACUGAAUGCAUCGGACGACAGAGGAAUCGGAGUAGUACGUGAACGGAUAGUGGGCUUUGCCAGCACUCGUACUAUGUUUAACAAGAAGUUCAAGUUUGUGAUUCUGGACGAGGCGGAUGCGAUGACUAAUGAUGCCCAGAAUGCUCUCAGGAGAGUGAUGGAGAAGUACACGGAGAAUACGCGAUUCUGUCUCAUUUGUAAUUACCUGUCCAAGAUCAUACCAGCCAUCCAAUCCAGGUGCACUAGGUUUCGAUUCGGACCCCUGACAGCUGAACAGAUGAUGCCCCGAAUCAGACAUGUGAUCGAAUCUGAGAAAGUGACUGUGACUGAAGAAGGGUUAAACGCCAUCUUGAGUCUAGCCACUGGAGACAUGCGUCGUUCUCUGAACAUCCUUCAGUCUUGUGCAACUGCGUACAAAACAGUGGACGAAGAGUCCGUCUACGUCUGUACAGGGAACCCCUCAAAGCAAGACAUCAACACCAUCGUCCAGUGGCUCCUCAAUAAAGAGUUCUCGGCUUGUGUCGACGGAAUCUUCGAUUUUUGUUCUACCAAAGGAUACUCUUUACAGGAUAUUAUCACUCAAGUUCAUCUGUACUGUGUGAAGAUUGACUUUCCACAUGCUGUUAAGUGUAAAUUGUUGUCUAAAAUGGCAGAUAUUGAGGAAAGGUUGCUCGCCGGAGCGUCUGAGUUCUUGCAGCUUACUGCUUUGGUUGCCUCUUUUACGACUGCAAGACACGAAGCCAUAGAGCUAGCGGCUGCUUCAUAGCGGUUUUAUUUCAAGUCGUGAAAACUCUUUUUAACCCUGCAUAUGAUACAAGGGUGAAUAAACCAGCCGAAGUAUAAACCGGCCGAAAAUGCGACAAAUAUAUAAGCCAGCCGAAAUGUUAUGUCAUAUCAAUGAAAUUUGAAAGACUUGAACAACUGUUUACACUAACGAGCUAGUGUUAGUGUAUUUAACAUAAUUGUUACUUAACUUUUAUUAAGCUAUUACGCAUUUUCGGAUGGUUUAUACUUCGGCUGGUUUAUAUACCACCAUAUGAGACGUCUGAAAUUGUAAUAAAUAUGUUUGUAAGUUAGGUUUGAGCCUUUUUGAUUGUGAUUGUUUUUGAACUGAUUUUUCAAUAAAUCAGUUUUCAUGUG